UUCCCGUACGGCGAUGGAUUCGCGUUCGCGAGGGCGACGUGCGAGACGGAGACGAUGGUGGCGCUCGCGACGGCGAUGGUCGGGGAAGAGCGACGCAUGCGGCUGGAAAACGUUUUGGAGCAUAGAAGUUUUUCGUUGCUGCCGAUUCUAGAGGGCGUCUACGACGUCGGCAAUAUCUUGGCGGUGUGUCGGACGACGGAGGCGCUGGGGAUCGGGUGCGCGUCGAUCGUGAGCUCGAAGGGGCUGUCGUUCAAGGCGAGCGGGAGGACGUCGGGAGGGGCGCUGAAGUGGCAACACGUGGAGCAGUUUGAGACGUCGGAACGCGCGCUCAGAGUCGCGAAGGCGAAAGGAUACCGCGUUCUUACGACUGAGUUUGACGGCGCGCAGCCGCUGUCGCAUUACGAUUGGACCGUGCCCACGGCGGUGGUGUUUGGGAACGAGCGCGAGGGGGUUUCGGACGAGGCGCGAGCGCUGCGGGAUGGCGCCGUGUACAUUCCGAUGUUUGGCUUCACCGAGUCUUUGAACAUUUCCGUCGCCGCCGCGCUCGUGAUGUCGCACGCCGUGACGGACCGGAUCAACCGCCGAGGGUUUCACGGCGAUUUGACUGAGGAAGAAAAACGUAUUUUGCGCGGCGUGUACAUGUCUAGG